ACUGGCGCGGGGAAGACCUACACCAUGGGCACCGGCUUCGACAUGAACAUCUCCGAGGACGAGCAGGGCAUCAUCCCGCGGGCCAUCGGCCACCUCUUCAGCGGCAUCGAGGAGCGCAAGCGGGCGGCGCAGAGUCAGGGCGUGGCAGCACCCGAGUUCAAAGUCAGCGCCCAGUUCCUGGAGCUCUACAAUGAGGAGAUCCUGGACCUGUUUGACAGUGCCCGCGACCCUGAUGCACGCCACCGCAAAUCCAACAUCAAAAUCCAUGAGGAUGCCAGCGGGAGCAUCUACACCACGGGGGUCACGUCGCGCCUCAUCAGCUCGCAGGACGAGCUGAUCCAGUGCCUAAAACAGGGGGCUCUUUCCCGCACCACCGCCAGCACCCAGAUGAACGUGCAGAGCUCCCGGUCCCAUGCCAUCUUCACCAUCCACCUGUGCCAGAUGAGAGUGUGCACCCGCCCGGAGCUGGUGAAUGGGGAGGUGACCAGCCUCCUGGACGGAGCCCAGCCCACCACCGAGUACGAGACCCUCACGGCCAAGUUUCACUUCGUAGACCUGGCUGGUUCAGAGAGGCUGAAGCGAACGGGUGCUACUGGCGAGAGAGCAAAGGAAGGCAUCUCCAUCAACUGUGGGCUGCUGGCCUUGGGGAACGUCAUUAGUGCCCUCGGAGACCAGAGCAAGAAAGUUGUGCACGUGCCCUACCGUGACUCCAAGCUCACCCGCCUGCUGCAGGAUUCCCUCGGGGGCAACAGCCAAACCAUCAUGAUCGCCUGCGUGAGCCCAUCCGACCGGGACUUCAUGGAGACCCUGAACACGCUCAAGUAUGCCAACCGGGCUCGCAACAUCAAGAACAAGGUGGUGGUGAACCAAGACAAGACAAGUCAGCAGAUCAGUGCCCUGCGGGCUGAGAUUGCCCGCCUGCAGAUGGAGCUGAUGGAGUACAAGGCGGGCAAGCGGGUCAUUGGGGAGGAUGGCUCAGAGGGCUACAGCGACCUUUUCCGUGAGAACGCCAUGCUGCAGAAGGAGAACAGCGCCCUGCGCAUGCGGGUGAAGGCCAUGCAGGAGGCCAUCGAUGCUAUCAACAGCAGGGUCACUCAUCUCAUGAGCCAGGAGGCCAAUCUGAUGCUGGCCAAGGCAGGUGACGGGAAUGAAGCCAUUGGCGCCCUCAUCCAGAACUACAUCCGGGAGAUCGAAGAGCUGAGGACGAAGCUCCUGGAGAGCGAGUCCAUGAAUGAGUCUCUGCGUCGCAGCCUCUCGCGUGUCUCUGCCCGCCCCCCCUACUCUGUGGGCUCGUCCCCAGCGUCUGGCUUGGCUGGGCUGUGCAGCCCUGCUGCUCCCGUGGAGACCGAGGCCUCCGAUGUCCUCCGGCGGGCCAAGCAGGACCUGGAGCGCCUGAAAAAGAAAGAGAGGAGGCAGCGGAGGAAAAGCCCAGAGAAAGAAGCAUUUAAGAAGCGGCAGAAAUUGCAGCAGGACAACGGGGAGGAAACAGAUGAGAAUGAAGUGGAAGAGGAGGAGGAGGAGCAGGACGAGAGCGGCUGUGAGGAAGAGGAUGGACGUGAGGAUGAAGAUGAGGACUCUGGCAGUGAAGAGAGCCUGGUGGACUCAGACUCGGAUGCAGAGGAGAAGGCCGUGAAUUUCCAGGCCGACCUGGCGGAUCUGACUUGCGAGAUAGAGAUCAAGCAAAAGCUGAUUGAUGAGCUGGAGAACAGCCAGCGACGCCUGCAGACCCUCAAGCACCAGUAUGAAGAGAAGCUGAUCCUGCUGCAGAACAAGAUUCGGGACACACAACUGGAGCGGGACCGGGUCCUGCAGAACCUCAGCACCAUGGAGUGCUACACAGAGGAGAAAGCCAACAAGAUCAAAGCAGACUAUGAGAAGCGGCUGAAGGAGAUGAACAGGGACCUGCAGAAGCUCCAGGCAGCCCAGAAGGAGCAUGCUCGCCUGCUCAAGAACCAGUCCCGCUACGAGCGAGAGCUGAGGAAGCUGCAGGCAGAGGUGGCUGAGAUGAAGAAGGCAAAGGUCGCACUGAUGAAGCAGAUGCGUGAGGAGCAGCAGCGGAGGCGGCUGGCAGAGACGAAGAGGAAUCGGGAGAUCGCGCAGCUCAAGAAGGAGCAGCGGCGGCAGGAGUUUCAGAUCCGGGCUCUGGAGUCUCAGAAACGGCAGCAAGAAAUAGUGCUUCGGAGGAAAACCCAGGAGGUCUCGGCGCUGCGCCGUCUCGCCAAGCCCAUGUCAGACCGGGUUGCGGGCAGGACAAGUCAGAAGCCAGCCAUGCUGGACUCAGGCGCAGAGGUCUCGGCCAGCACCACUUCCUCCGAGCCCGAGUCUGGUGCUCGAUCCGUCUCCAGCAUCGUGCGCCAAUGGAACAGGAAAAUCAACAACUUCCUGGGAGACCCCUCAUCCUCCGUGAACGGGGCUCGGCCAGCCAGGAAGAAGUUCCCCAAGAAGGGGGCAAGCCAGACCUUCAGCAAAGCCGCCCGCCUCAAGUGGCAGUCGUUGGAGCGGCGCAUCUUUGACAUUGUCAUGCAGAGGAUGACCAUCGUCAAUCUGGAGGCUGACAUGGAGCGGCUCAUCAAGAAACGCGAGGAGCUGUCACUGCUGCAGGAAGCAUUGCUGAGCAAGAGGGCAAAACUGCAGGCAGAGAGCCCCAGGGAGCAGAAGGGGCUGCAGGAGCUGAACGAGGAGAUUGAGGUGCUGGGGGCCAACAUUGACUACAUCAAUGACAGCAUUUCCGACUGCCAGGCCACCAUCAUGCAGAUCGAGGAGACCAAGGAGGAGCUGGACUCCACAGACACCUCGGUGGUGAUCAGCUCCUGUUCCCUGGCUGAAGCCCGGCUCCUGCUGGACAACUUCUUGAAGGCCUCCAUCGACAAGGGGCUGCAGGUGGCACAGAAGGAGGCCCAGAUCCGCCUGCUAGAGGGGCGCCUGCGGCAGACGGACAUGGCCAGCUCCUCGCAGAACCACGCCUUCCUGGACGCCCUGCGGGAGAAGGCCGAGUCACACCCCGAGCUGCAGGCCCUGAUCCACAACGUCCAGCAAGAGAACGGCUACACCAGCACAGAUGAGGAGGUCUCAGAGUUCAGCCUGGCUUCAGAUGGGAGCAUCUCCCAGUCUUUCACCAUGAAAGGCUCAGCAAGCCAGGAUGACUUCAAGUUCAAGGGAGAGCCCAAGCUCUCAGGGCAGAUGAAGGCAGUGUCAGCUGAGUGUCUAGGACCCACGCUGGAUGUCUCCACCAAGAACAUCACCAAGUCCUUGGCAUCCCUUAUGGAGAUCAAAGAGGAUGGGAUCAGCUUCUCCAUCCGAGAUUCCUAUUACAAGGAGAAGGUGUCGCGCACCAUCAGCCUGCCCACGCGAGGAAGCACCUUUCCCAGGCAAUCUCGUGGCUCAGACACUUCGCCUCUGACAAGGAGGAAAUCCUAUGACCGUGGACAACCUGCCAGGCCUCCAGAUGUUGGCUUCACACCUCCCUCAUCCCCACCCACCCGUCCACGCAACGACCGCAAUGUCUUCUCUCGUCUCACAAGCAACCAGAGCCAGGGGUCUGCCUUGGAUAAGUCUGAUGACAGCGAUUCCUCUGUCUCGGAGGUGCUGAGGGGCAUCAUUAACCCGGUGGGUGGCACCAAGAAUGCCCGGACAGCCCCGCUGCAGUGUGUCUCCAUGGCAGAAGGACACACCAAGCCUGUGCUCUGCCUGGAUGCCACCGAUGAGCUGCUUUUCACUGGGUCCAAAGACCGGAGCUGCAAAAUGUGGAACCUGGUGACGGGCCAAGAAAUUGCUUCCCUCAAGGGUCACCCAAACAACGUGGUUUCCAUCAAGUACUGCAGCCACACGGGACUGGUGUUCACUGUGUCUACGUCAUACAUCAAAGUGUGGGACAUACGGGAUUCGGCCCGGUGCAUCCGCACCCUCACAAGCCAGUCCCAGGAUCUACUGGGGCUGGAAGGUCAAGGACUAGCUACCUCAGUGCCAGUUAGCAGUGCUGCAUCCUCAGGGAGCAGGGAGACUGGGAGAGAGUUUGGGGUGAUCUCCGGGGAUGCAUGUGCUGGGACCACCACCCGCACUGUCACCAGCGUGCAGGGGGAGCACCAGAUCAACCAGAUCGCUCUCAAUCCCACUGGCACCAUGCUCUAUGCUGCCACGGGUAACUCCGUCCGCAUCUGGGAGCUGAGCAGGUUGCAGCCCAUCGGGAAGCUGAGUGGCCAUAUCGGGCCUGUGAUGUGUCUCACGGUAAACCAGACGGCGAGCAACCACGACCUGGUGGUCACAGGCUCCAAAGAUCACUACGUCAAGGUGUUUGAGAUUGCUGAGGGCAUGGUGGGCAAUAUUAGCCCCACUCACAAUUUUGAGCCCCCUCACUACGACGGCAUCGAGUGCCUGGCCAUCCAGGGAGACAUCCUCUUCAGCGGAUCCAGGGACAAUGGCAUAAAGAAGUGGGAUCUGGAGCAGCAGGAACUUAUCCAGCAAAUCCCUAAUGCCCACAAAGACUGGGUCUGUGCCCUGGCCUUCAUCCCUGGCCGCCCCAUGGUGCUGAGUGCUUGCCGAGGAGGCAUGAUCAAAGUCUGGAACGUAGACAACUUCACCCCCGUUGGGGAGAUCAAAGGGCACGACAGCCCUAUCAAUGCCAUCUGCACCAACUCAAAGCACAUCUUCACUGCCUCCAGUGACUUGACAGUGAAGCUUUGGAGCGGGAGGAGGUUACCCACGGGGUCGAACUAG